AGAUAGGAGCAGGAUAUAUGGGAGAGAGUAUCUAUCUCUGCGAGCCUCCUCCCACUACCAAUAGUGGUGGUACGCUCCAUAUAACAAACAAGACAGCGUGGUUCUUGGGCAGCGCGGCGCCAGGCCAGGGAGCGCGUAGGCGGGAGAGAGAAGUUCGGUUCUUCAGAAAGAAAGGUGAGGAGGUGAGAGGCAGAGAGAGGAGAGGUGACGACGGGGCAGCGCGAUCGAAGGAGCAAAGACGUCCGGCCAUGGCGUUGGAGGUCAGGUUCUUGACGGCGGUGUUCGCCGUCGCCGCGACAUGCUUAUGCUUAUCGGCGGUGGCCUCUGCUUUCGCCGUCCCGAGCGUCGCCUUCGAGGAAGGAUACUCGCCACUGUUCGGCGACGACAACGUCGUCCGCUCGUCGGAUGACAAGAGCGUCCGCCUCUUGCUAGACCAGCGCUCCGGUUCUGGGUUCAUCUCCUCGGAUUACUACCUCCACGGCUUCUUCAGCGCGUCCAUCAAGUUGCCCAAGGCUUACACGGCAGGCGUCGUGGUCGCCUUCUACCUGUCGAACGGGGACGUGUACGAGAAGACGCACGACGAGCUGGACUUCGAGUUCCUGGGCAGCCGGUGGGGCGGCCAGUGGCGGGUGCAGACCAACGUCUACGGUAACGGCAGCACCGCGCGCGGCCGCGAGGAGCGCUACCUCCUCCCCUUCGACCCAACCCUCGAGGCCCACCGCUACUCCGUCCUCUGGGCCCCCACCCACAUCAUAUUCUACAUCGAUGACACGCCGAUCCGGGAGGUGAUCAGGCACCCGGGCAUGGGCGGGGACUUCCCGUCGAAGCCCAUGGCGGUGUACGCGACCAUCUGGGACGGCUCGGCCUGGGCCACGGACGGCGGCAAGUACAAGGUGAACUACAAGUACGCGCCCUUCACCUCCGACUUCUCCGACCUGGCGCUCCUCGGCUGCCGCGCCGACCCGGUGCUCCGCGCCCCGCGCGACGGCGGCGGCGCCGGGUGCGCCGAGCCCGACCUGCUCGGCCUCCUCACGGCGGACUACGCCGUCAUGACCCCGCAGAAGCGCGCCGCGAUGCGCGCGUUCCGCGCGCGGCACAUGACCUACACCGUGUGCUACGACGCGGUCCGGUACGCGGCCGGGCCGUUCCCGGAGUGCGACAACUCGGACGCCGAGAAGGAGUCCUUCUCGGCGUGGGGCGAGUCCAAGAACGUCGUGAUGAAGGCGCGCGGCCGCGGGCGCCGCCGAGGACGCAAGGCCGGCGCCGGGGCGAGAGCCGUCGCGCGCCUCGACGUGUCCAGCAGCUGAAGUGCAUUCCUCGGAAGCAAAUGGCAUGAUGGUUAUUACCUUGCUGGAUUCUAUUAAUUUUGGGGUAUUGAUUAAUUGUAGUAUGAUUUUUCUACGCAUGUAUAGCUUGUAAAUGUAGGCUUAGGGAUGAAAAUUGGGUACGAUUUUUCGACUAUUAUUCUUUGAUUGGUUGGAUGGCAGCUAAUAAUAUAGUAUCAUCAGAUUAUUACU